AUGCCGCCCUUCUGGCCAUUCCUGCUAUCGUACCUCCACCCAGAGUUCUAUGACGCCACGCUCAAGCUGGGCGCCAGGGGCGUUGUCGUCGAGCGCAUAGACGUGUCCGAGCGGCCUCUAUACCCUAUCCCUUCCGCACUGACAACUGAAUUAGCAGCAGCAGAAGCAGCAGCAGAUGUAACACCACGUAGCGCGAAGCUGUACAUCUCCGGCGGCCCCUGGAUCCGCGAGGCCGCCCCUUCCCACUGGACUUUUGCCGCGCAGGCCAUUCGCGAAACUGGGCUGGACGUGCUUCUUCCGAUUAACCCGUUUAUCUUGCGUCCCACGGCCAUGAUAGCAGAGCUCUUCGACGGGCCGAUUACCAGCAUCUAG